GUCCAGUAAAGGUGUGUUCAUGCCACAAACUGGAACUCAUAGUGAGAACCUGUGACUACAACAAAGAACAAACCACAUCACGGUCCACAUACAACCCUCACUGCAGAACCAGAGGAAAUGGAAAGCAUGCAGGAGUUGAUCCCUUUCGCCAAAGAGAUGCUGAGUCAGAAACCCAGCCGUGGUUUGCUGAAGGUCUACCUAGUGGGCUCUGUGUUUGCAUUGCUGGGGACUGUCAUCGGCCUGGUCGAGACUGUUUGCCACCCUUUCUCCUCUGGUGACACGAUGGAUGCGGAGAUGGUCCUCAUGUUGGCCAGGGAGCAGAGAACUGUUGAGGCGGAGGUGCAGCGCAGCAGUGUGGAGGGCCAGGAGGAGGAAGAUGAGGAGCAGCUGGCUCAUGAAAGUGGGACCAUGACCCAGAGCAUGACCCUCUCCAAGACUCACAGAAUCAGCCAGCGGAGCACGGCCAACAGGCUGCACGCCUCCUAAAGGGGUCAACCCCGAGUGACUUGAGAUAUUUAUUAGGGAGCUGCUCCUGCUGCACCACUGAGUUGCGCCACAUGUACAUAAUCUGAAGCUUUACUGACAACCUGCCAUUCUGUGCUGCUUACUGAUGAUGCCUUCAAGUGCUGCCGGAAAUGUUGCUUAGUAUGCCCUUGGACAAGCCCACCCAUUGUUAUGAGAGUGUGGAAAUGGAGUCAGCAAUACAGUAUGUGGUAUAAGUGAAGUGUACAUUACGUCAGUCAGAGCAAUGGUUUUGUGGUUCCCCAGGGAUCUUCCAAUUUGUUUUCCUGAGUCCCCAUCAAACGCAGGAAUUGUUAAAGAAAAAGGGAAACAGCAGACAGAAAAAACUUUAGUUUUGUUCAUAUUAUCAAAUCAAAAGUUUGGACUUCAGAGCUUGAAGUUGGGAGUUUACAACAAGUCCCCGAAGGCAGCAUUGGUUGGCUGCGGUAAGUUGCUGUGCAGCACCACUUGUUAUCUGCUGAGUGUGUCUGAUCUGCCACUCCACCCACAUACUGUGCUUAAUGAGAGGAGCGUUUGUUGUAAAUAUUGUGCUAUGUGCAAAUACUGUACAAUCUGUUUUUCAUACCAAUAAAGUUUUUUUUAUUUAUUA